GCUGAGGCGGAGGAGAAGGUGGAGGGCCUUCGGCGUUGUCUUCUCGCGUCCUCGUACUCCCGCUAUGAGCUAAGUCGGGAGUUGUUACAGCAAACGGCCCUGCUGAAUCGCCUUACUACCGAAAUGCAGGCCAUGAAGGAGACUUCAUCAGAUUCCGAAAUCAAGGAAAACAAGGCGCCUCUAUCACCUUCAGCAGAAGCUGAGAGCCCCUCAAAAGACUCUUCACCUAAUCCAACAGGCGCCGUCCAGAGUGCGCAGACUUCUGGGCCCGUAUUCUUGUGGGAAAUCGGCAAUGCCAAGGAUGCAGACGCACCGGCGGAGCCAGACGAAGGGAAGAAGCGGCAGGAGAAGGAAAAGAUGGUCGAAGAACUUGGCUGCAAGCCAUCUUAA